AGGAAGCGCGCACUCCUGUGAGGGAGAGAGAGAGAGCGGGAAGAGCAAGUGAGCGAGCGAGCGAGCGAGCGAGCGAGCGGGGUGACAGCUGAUCCGCGCUGAGCCCAUACCAAAAUAGGACUGCACUCCUCCAGCCCUCGCAUGCUGCCGAUUAAAUGCUCUCCAUCUGGCAGCCUCACCAACAUUCAACAUACCCGUGACGGCUUUAGUAUUGGAAGAAGAAGCAUGUCAUAUUGUGCGUCGCAUCGUUUUUCAAUCGAAUUUUAAAGCAUCCUCUUCAAUGGCAGUUAUAUCAGUUAAGGAACAGGAUUUCUACACUUACAACUUUUCUGAUGUGGGCCACCCAGCUGAAUUCCUGGAUUCCUUCAAAGAGUUUUAUGUCAAAGGUUUAUUCACAGACAUCAGCCUGCAAUGUUCGUCAGGAGAAAUAUUUCACUGUCACAAAGCUGCUUUGUCUGCAUGCAGCACAUACUUCAAGGUGAUGUUUACUGCUGACAUGAAGGAACGAUCUAACAAUGUGAUUAAGCUUUCUAGUAUUGACCGUGAAAUACUAACUGCUCUUGUAAAUUAUGUGUAUUCAUCUCAAGUGGCCAUCACUGUGAAAAAUGUCCAGAGCCUCCUAGAGGCAGCCAAUCUUCUUCAGUUUUUGACUGUGAAGAAUGCCUGUGAAGAAUUUCUAGUUAGGCACCUUGAUGUGGACAACUGUCUUGGGAUGCAUUCUUUUGCUGAGUUUCACAUCUGUCCUAUAUUAGAGAAAGAAGCCAGGAGAAUGAUAUUGUGUAGAUUUGAGGAGGUGUCGAGGCAAGAUGAAUUUCUAGAAAUUGAUUCAGAGAAGUUAGUUUUUAUUAUGUCCAGGGAAAACCAUAACAUCUGCAAACAGGAGAUUCUUCUGGAGUCCAUUGUGAAGUGGAUCUCCCAUGAUGUGACAGCACGGUUGAAUCACUUGCAGACUCUUCUUCACUGCAUUGAACUCGAAAUGGAUGAAAUGUAUUUGAGGACCACAUUUGAAGUUCAGAAAAGACAUCUGAGUGGCAAAAACAUCCACUCCUUUAUCUGCAGGGGUUUAAAAAACAAGUUGCAGAAGGACACAUUAAGUACAAAAAAGAUUACUUCUACCAUGCACGUUAUUGGAGGUUACUAUUGGCACCCAUUAUCCGAAGUACAUAUUUGGGAUCCUGUCAUUAAUAUUUGGGUCCAAGGAAGGGAUAUGCCUGAUCAUACUCGGGAGAGCUACAGUGUUUCACUUUUGGGGCCAAAUAUUUUUGUGACUGGUGGUUACAGGACAGACAACAUUGAAGCACUUGACACAGUAUGGAUCUAUAAUGUGGACACGGAUGAGUGGAUAGAAGGAUGUCCUAUGAUAAGUGCUCGAUACUAUCACUGCACAGUCACUCUGCAUGGGUGUGUGUUUGCCAUUGGUGGAUAUAGAGGAGGCGCUCCUGCAAAAGAAGUAGAAUUUUAUGACCCAUUGUUGAAGAAAUGGAGCUCCUUGGCAAAUAUGGUACAAGGUGUUGGAAAUGCCACUGCCUGUGUGUUGCAGGAUGUCAUUUAUGUUACAGGCGGCCACUAUGGUUAUCGGGGAAGCUGUACUUAUGACAAAAUUCAAAGCUACAGAUUAGAUCUGAAUGAAUGGAGUGUAGUGACUUUGAGUCCGCAUCCAGAGUAUGGUCUGUGCUCUGUGGCUUUAAACAACAAACUCUACUUGGUUGGUGGACAGACAACCAUCAUAGACUGCUAUGACCCAGAGAAGGAUGAAUGGAGGCAGAAAGCGCCAAUGAGGGAGAGAAGAAUGGAAUGUGGAGCAGUUGUCAUAAACGGUUUCAUCUAUGUCACAGGAGGAUACUCCUACUCAAAAGGAACCUAUCUCCAAAGCAUUGAGAAGUACGACCCACAACAAGAUCAGUGGGAAAUAGUGGGCAAUCUGCCCAGUGCCAUGAGGUCACAUGGAUGUGUUUGUGUUUACAAUGUAUAGAUAUAUGCAUGCUGCCACCCACUCCCCUACAGCCCACUGCUGACGCAUCAGUUUUAAGGUACUGUAAUUUUAGCAAGACAAAUUCACUGCUACACGGGGAAAUAUGUUUACACAUUAUAACUCAGAUAUACAUAUACAGUAUAUUAUGGUCAAACAGUAGAAAAACUCAGGUUCAAAAGAAAUGCUGGAAGGCCAACCGGGUCGUUAAUUCUUUUAACAAAAAUAAAUGCACAAUGGCGCUGCUAAACUCAAACACAGGCUGUAGCCUUCUCUUUAACUCAGUACUGCAGGUCUUGUCUCUGUGGGGAGCUCCGUUAUUCGGUCUGGGUCAACUUAAAGUGAUACUCCUUCUCCCAGGGGCGUCUCUUCGAUACUGUGCCGGUAGAAACAGGCGACAAAGAUAAGCCUGGAAAGAAACCCUCCGAUGUGCAUGCAUGAAAAUAAAUAAAUAUAUAUAUUUCUAUUGUAACCUGUAGGGAGUGACAGUGAGCCCCCAAACCCUCCAACACACCAUCACAAACCAAAACACAUAUGGGUUCAGAUAAUUAAAUACCUCUACGGAUGAUAUACAAAUACCACACAAGCACAAUUCAACAUAUUUUCUUUAUAUUUUUCCUCUCUUCCUCUCCUUUAACUUGUCCAGUCAAGCUUCAUCCAUAUCCACCUACCUCUGGCUUGGCUGGAUGAGGUCAGGUAGCUUUUUUAUGCCAGACCUGAGAGCACUUCUGAUGUGACCCUACUACGGGUAGGAAGUACUUCUGUGUCAGGUGGUGGUUCCUUGAAGUGGGGGCGAUUAAUCCCUGCAGCUCCACCUGGUGGCACCCAUGGAAAACCUCAGGGCUGCACUAUUGAACUACAAUACCCAACCUGCCCCAUGGGUAUCCAUGCAGGCACCAU